UUUCCGGUCGGUCCGAAGCUGUCAAAAUGAGGACAAUCAACUCAAACCAAUGCGUGAAAAUCCCCUCACAUAUUAAAGCCUCAGUGAAGGCGCGUGUGGUCACCAUCACAGGACCCCGUGGUGUUUUGAAGCGCAGCUUCAAGCACUUGGCCCUUGACAUGUACAUGAUCAACAAACGUAACCUGAAGGUCGAGAAAUGGUUUGGAGCCAAAAAAGAAUUGGCCGCCGUCCGUACUGUAUGCAGUCAUAUUGAAAACAUGAUUAAGGGUGUCACUAAGGGAUUCCAAUACAAAAUGCGUGCUGUAUAUGCCCAUUUCCCCAUCAAUUGCGUUACCUCCGAAAACAACACAGUUAUCGAGAUCCGUAAUUUCUUGGGUGAGAAGUACAUUCGUCGCGUGAACAUGGCACCAGGUGUGACAGUUGUUAACUCGACCGCCCAAAAGGACGAACUUAUCGUUGAAGGCAACGAUAUUGAGGCUGUUUCUGGUUCGGCAGCUUUGAUCCAACAAUCGACAACUGUGAAAAACAAGGAUAUUCGUAAGUUCUUGGACGGUCUUUACGUGUCUGAGAAGACAACAGUUGUUAAGGAAGCUGCCUAAGUUAAAAUAAUAAAAAAAACAAAUUGAUUUUUUAUCACCUAAACAAAAAGAA